UGGCUGAGUCACUCGUCAGUCAUUUUUCUGCCGUGUCCAAUUGGCCCAAAGUACGUGUUGUGGGCGGGUGUAAUAUUCGUGGCAGUGGGGGCGUGACUGAUAGAUCCGACAGGAAAAACUAAAGAAAGGCGAAGAUAUCCAAUAAUACGAUGGCAGCAAUCAGAAAGAAGCUUGUGAUAGUCGGUGACGGCGCCUGUGGAAAGACUUGUCUCCUCAUAGUGUUUAGCAAAGACCAGUUCCCCGAGGUCUAUGUGCCUACAGUGUUUGAAAACUAUGUGGCCGACAUUGAGGUGGACGGUAAACAGGUGGAGCUGGCUCUCUGGGACACAGCGGGUCAGGAGGACUACGACCGCCUGAGGCCUCUCUCCUACCCAGACACAGAUGUCAUCCUCAUGUGUUUCUCCAUCGACAGCCCUGACAGUUUGGAGAAUAUUCCAGAGAAGUGGACUCCCGAGGUCAAGCACUUCUGCCCCAACGUGCCCAUUAUUCUUGUGGGGAACAAGAAAGACCUGCGUAAUGACGAGCACACGCGUCGGGAACUGGCAAAGAUGAAACAGGAGCCAGUGAGGUCAGACGAGGCGAGAGACAUGACUAACCGGAUCAACGCCUUUGGGUACUUGGAGUGCUCAGCCAAGACGAAGGAUGGUGUGCGGGAGGUGUUUGAGAUGGCCACCAGGGCGGCGCUGCAGGCCAAGAGGCGAGGCAAGAAGGGCGGCUGCACACUGCUAUAGAGUGUCGGGUCACGCAGGAUCGGAGGGGGGACAAACCAGGCCAAAAAAAUCCGAAAUAAAAAAGAUCCCUCCUCCCUGUACCAAGGCGGUCACAACGAAUGGGGCGUUAUGAUGAGAGAAAAGGGAGUAUAUACAUUUACAUGUACAUGGUUAUAGCUUUUAGCUUUCCAAUGAAAAUAUUGUAAUCUUGUGCUUGUAAUUCUUUAGACAUGACAUAAUUAAGAGAAGGGAACAUUGCUGUCAGGAAAUGGAGGAUUUCAGUUCCAAACCUGUGAGGAUUCUGAGGGCCUCCAGUGAGACUCCUUCAUGCCCAUGGGAAAACAUCCCUGAACAUUGGAAGGGCUUCUUUCCAUUUUAUGAACCUCUCCGCUUUACAGAGCAGAUUUUGAUGAGACCAACUUGUUUGAAUGUUUUGUACAAGCUUGUUCAUGAAUGUAAUACGUUAAUCUCAACUGUCAGUCAGACAAUAACGCGAUUGAGUUGUUGUGGACAGUCAGACACUGUAUACAGCUGAGUAUUCAAUUUGACAGUAGCUCCAAUUUGACUUAACUUGAGAGGACUAGACCAUGAUAUAAAACAGGCUGGUGUAGAGAUUAGCCUUGUUCCAUAGGUAUAUAUCGCAUUUUUGUCAGAUGUCUCCCUGAUUUCAGAUCUGCUCCUGUUUUUUAUUAUCCAUUAAUGCAAAUCCAACAGCUUCUGUGUCCCCAUUAUCUAUAUUCAGUUUCUGUCACUUCUAAAGCACCCUUUGCAUCACUACACUUGGCUUCAUGUCAAAGUUUCUCUCUUUUAACACAAACGCAGUUUUCAGUUAAUAAUUAGUCCCUUUGCAGUUCCCUCCCCUUAUUGUUGUUUUGCUACUAACCUGGAAACACAACACUUUAUGAACAGAUUCUACAUUGAAAACCCUCCAGGUUGUCCUGUAGUUACCGGCAGGCUUUUCAUUUAAAAACAUCUACAGGAGAUAUAGUUUUAGAGGCAGUAACUUAACAGCAUUAACUGAUGAUGUACAAUUACUCCAGCCUCAAUGGUUUAACCGCCGUUAUUGGACAUACAUUAUUUAAAUAGCAGCUUUUAUUUCUUGUGUUCUGACGUAGCUGGCACCUGCCAGGGUGUUAUUUGAAGGGGUCGGUUUCCACCUGAAUGUCUGCAACUAUUCUUUUUUUUCUGCUUUUCUGUUGUAUGUUAUUUUAACUAUGUGAUAUUCUACUGGCUAAUGUUGUAUUAUUUGCACAAAGCUUAAAAGUCAAAUUCUAUAAUACAAAAUGAAAGCAACUGCUUCAAGAUUGGUCACUAGGGGAAUAUUGUUUUGUAUACAAUGAUGAAUGAAUCCUCACUUUCCGCCAAUUGUCUUUUUUAAUGUAUUAUAAAGGAAAUAAACUGUAACAAUAUUCUCA